AUAUGUAUGUACACUUUACUGAUUACCCACGACAGCAAAUUCAUAAAAUACACUGCGAACAUUAGAAAGAUACAACAAAGUGUUGGAUUAAAAUUAUUUUUUGUUAAUUACUUACUUUGACACAAAUUAAAUAAUGAAUGUUCUUCUGGUAUGUUUCUUCUUUCUACAUUCGGCGCAGUCACUCAUCCUUGACGAAAAUGCGGCUCCACAAAAUACAGUUGAUGCCCUUCAGAUAAUGCUGGCGGAAGAAAAACAACUUCGGAUGCAAUUAGGCAAUCAAGUACAAGCAUUGGAAAAUAGAAUGGGAUCCGUUGAGUCGUUCCAAAAGGAAUGCGGUUGCGAUGGCCGACCCACUGGCAAUCCAGCAUUUAUGGCAGCCUUGUCUAAAGACCUCAUUCACUGCUCAAAAGGUCAACCUGUCAUAUUUGAUUCUGAGAAGCUAAACUCCGGCUCCGCCUACAACAAUAUUCACGGAAUAUUUACUGCGCCAAUAACAGGAACUUACAUGUUUACAGCAACUCUGUCAGUGAUGCCCAACAAUGCGUACCAUACAGCAUUCGUCAAAAACAACGCAACCAAUGAAAUUGGUUACCUUUACACAGAUCCGAUAAAUUUGUGGCUCGAAAGGAGUACAACGGUUUUGACCCAUCUUGAUUCUGGAGACGAGAUAUGGAUGGUCUGCUUGUCGGAUUCGAGAAUCGAAGGGGAUCAUAACCAUGGCUGGGAGGGAGCGAAUGACUUUCAUUCACAUAUGUCUGGGUUUUUACUCAGUGCUGACUAGUGGCGUUGUUUUUAUUAACAAUCCCAAUGAAUCUGUAUUUACUGCAUGUUUCAAUUUAGCAGUAACUCAGUUUUUAAAUAACUAAUUUUCAUAAAGAUAUGUCUUUUACGAUUUUUGAAUUUAAGAGCCCCAUACAACACUGUUGAUCAAAUAACUUGGCCGAAAGGACAAAAUAUUACUGCUAUAUACAUGUAUUUUAUUGAUAUAUUUGAUAAAAUAUAAAAAAAAACACAUCCUUUGCAUGCAUGUAUUUGCUAUAAAGCGAGGAAACCUUUCAUAUGGAAUGAGGAAGUUCGAUGAGUUGCCACACACCUCCGCAGUAACUAAUGCCUGAGGAACACAUUGGUCUACAAAAAAUUCCGGACAGCGGCUAAUCUGACUUUAAAACACAAAAAUAUCAAUAAAAUGGAAAUACCAGUCAAACAGGUUCAUCACGACUGCAAUCACCUUAUCAGAAACACAGGCUGCAGUUUUACUUAUUACCCAGUAAUAAAAUCAUUGAGCAACACAGGGAACCGGUGUAAUAUCGUUGAAUGCAAUCAUAAUAUUGGGGUUGAGGAAUAAGUAAGUUAGGUCAGGCGCUGCUAUUGAUCUUUCAAGAAAUAACUCUGUCACAUACCCCAAAAUUGAAAUGUGAUUCAUUUGAUAAGAUAACAUUUUAGACACCACAAAAAUGUAAUUUAUGUAGGUUUAACCGAUCCAUUUUGUUUACAAUUUCUCUUCAAAUGUACCUACCCCAUCUGUUGCUUGUCAUUUAGAGGCCAAAUGCUAAAAUGACUAUGGAAAAGCCAUGCAUUCACACAGACACUUGAAAACAUUCCACAUUUCACAGAAAACAUUGUAUUGCUUGAUUUUGACACAAAUUGUAUGAUUGUAAACAUUGCUUUUUUAUCCAGUCAGCUUAUGUCUCAUUGACUCUUACGGGUUUCCCUACCAUUGUUUCAACCAAUCCAAAGCCGCGUUUCAGUAACAACAUCUGACCCUUCCCAUAAACUGAUUGCCCUAUAUGACAUCCGGAUCAGCAAAUAACAAAGUUUCCAGUUUACCAUAUACGUUGUUGUGGCAUCGGUGUUAACGUGUACACAUAUGUAGUGAAAUGAUUAGUAGUUUUGUAUAAACAUAAUUAUGCACAACGUCAUAACUGACUUCUAGGAGUGUUCGACGUCGCGGCAGGGUGGGAUGGGAUUGAGAUGCAAGUGGAAAAAGAGAAACGUUUUCUCCCGUAGCAAUAGACUACUGCACUGAAGAAAACUACCAAAAGUUUCGUCGACAAUGCAAUGCAUUUCUAGGUAAAGAAGAUAAAUCUGUCAGAGAAUAUACCCCGACCCUCAAAAUUUUAUUUAUUAAGGUAUUUAUUAUUUUGCUAAAAUAUCACUUUUUGCAAAAUAUUAAAAUAAUCCUAUGUGUGUGCGCGCUAAUAUUUCGGAUGAACUUCAAAUUAGAUAUAUCUGUUUCAGGUCAAUGUUUCUUUUAACAACAAAGAGACUUAUUUUAAUGUGAUACACUUCCGAAAAACUGAAGAAAAUUUAUGCAAUGUGUUAUUUU